CCACUCAGUGUUGUCAGGAUGAAAACCUUCGCGCUUCUUGUUGCUUUGUUCGCCAUCGCUAGCGCCGAAUGGAUCGACAUCGAUUGGUCCCAGGUGCGCCCGAUCGAGGAGUUCGAUCACUACUGGGAACGCGUGCCAGCUGAAAUGCAGAUCUACCGCAAGAUGCUACCUACCCAACGUAUCGUCAACGGACAGGAGGCUACCCCCGGACAGUUCCCGUAUCAGAUUGCGCUGUUGAGCACGUUCCCCACCGGAUCCGGGCUGUGCGGAGGCUCCGUACUUACCAACAACUUCAUCCUUUCCGCUGCCCAUUGUGUCAUCUCUAGUGGUACGACACUGGCUUCGGGAGGUACUGCCAUCAUCGGUGCCCAUGAUCGCACCGUUCAGGAGCCAUCCCAGCAGCGCAUUGCUUUCACGGCCGCCGGUAUCAUUCCUCAUCCGGGUUAUACUUCAACCAACCUCCGCAAUGAUAUUGCCGUCGUACGCUUGAACUCCCCGAUCGUCUACACCGAUCGCAUUCAGCCUACUCGUCUACCCGGAAGCUCGGAUACUCGUCAGUUCGGUGGCAUGAUGGGUACCGUAUCUGGAUUCGGACGUACCACGGAUACUGGAUCGACUUCGCCAGUUGUUAGAUAUACCAGCAACCCAAUCAUGACCAAUGCCGAUUGUAACGUACAUUGGAGCACUACUCAGGUUCAGGCCCAAAAUGUUUGCCAGACCACAGACGGUGGUCGUUCAUCGUGCAACGGUGACUCCGGUGGCCCACUAACCGUCCAGGAUGGUGGAAGAAGUCUUCAGAUUGGUCUUGUGUCGUUCGGAGCUGCUUCUUCUGGUUGCUCGGGCCCUAUGCCAAAGGUGUUCGUUCGUGUUUCGUUCUUCCUAGACUGGAUCCAGGCCAACUCUGACUUCGUUGCCUCUCCUUAA